AUUUAGGCUGAACAUUUUGUCUGAGUUUACGUGAAAAGUUAUAAUAUUGUAGUCUUUGGUUGCGGUUUGGUUUUGCUAAAAAACAAUAGUUUUAUCGAGGUCUGAGGAAGUCUCUAUAUAAUUUUUCUCGUGCUAUUUUGCCUUUUCAUUCACGCGAAAAUUAUAAACAUCUUACAAUAACUAUCGUGGUACUACAAGUGAAAAUGAUUCAGCCGGAUUACCCUUCAGCCAUAGGCUUGCUUGCCCAUUUGAAUUCAGAUGAACUCAAGGAAAUGCUCAAUGAUGAUACGAAAUUCGAUUCCGUGCUCAAAGACGUGAAACAGGUAAAAGAUUGGGAGACAGAGAGAGAGAUGAUAAUAGCGAGUAACAGAUCUCUAGCAGAAUUCAACUUGAGUAAGGAACCAGUCUUAGAAGAGCUGAAAGCUGAGGUGCAACAAAAGUCAGAGACUGGUGAACAGUUUUGCAGCCGUAUACAGGAGCUAUUGAGUGAUUAUAAGUCAAAAUCAGCAGGCAUAUCACCUGACACAACAUUGGCACUAUUACAAACAGCUGCAGCUGAAUCAGAAGAGCAAUCUGAAACUAUAGCACAGGAUUUUCUCUCAGGAAAAAUAGAUGUAGACAAAUUCCUUGACGAUUUUGAACCCAUUCGCAAAACAAUGCACCUGCGAAAAUUCAAAUCUGAAAAAAUGAGUGAGCUUUUAAGAAGUGGCAGUCAAAGUUCCUAUGGUAAUGGACCAGCAAAGCCAUACUUGCCGUAUCCAAGCUACGGAAAUCAAGGAAUGCCAAAUAUUCCUUAUCCAGUAGGUCCAUUAAAUAUGCCCAUGCCUGGUAUGUAUGGAAAUCAUUUUUAAAACGAGUCACAAACGAUUUUACCAAUAUAAAAUAGUAUAUUAAAGCAUCAAUUCAACGAAACAAAUGUAUGAGUAUCUAAAGAAAUAGGUAUAUAAUUAUAAGAAAUAUUUAACACAAAAACAAUUGCACUUUACAAUCAACAAUUUAAAAAAAAAAUGAUUUUGUAAGUGUUAACCAUACCAAAAUGUACGUAAAUACUAAAUAUCUACAUACAUAAAAUUGUAUUAGUGUACACUGUACACGCAUCAAUGGUGAAUUGGCAACUAGUACUAUCUCAAUUUUAACAAGUUUACAAAAUACUUGUUUCCUUCAGCUAAAUAGUGAUCAUAUAUACCUGCCAGUGUAGUUGAAGCCUCUCUAGUGGAUAUCCUUUCUCAAAUUUUUGUUCUAAGCUAGAUAACCUAGUCUUGAACUGUGAUACUGCAAAUAUGAAAGUACUAAGUGAAAUCAUCAAAAAUUUGGUAUAGUAUGUGUUGCCAGUUCAGUCUAUAUUACCUUAAUUAGAGCUUGAUUAUAUUGGCGGAUGUUGUCACAGGGUCUUCACACUUCAAUCAAUAAGGAAUGGGUAAUACACAUCACAGCUGGUGGUAACUUUACUGGCUGCAGGUUAUAGGGUAUGGUGUGUAGAAUCAAUUGGAGAAGUGUGUUUUUGAUCAUUAGUUCUCUUGGCAUAGUUAAAACUACUUUAGCUAUUGAUUUAUUAAAUAUCAAUUUAAUAAUAUAAUGUACCUGCAUGAUGUGAGUCCCGCACCUAUUGACACCAAGUAAACUUGGUAUUUAGACAAUUUUAAAACUGAAAGUAAAACAAAGGUGGUAUUUUAAGUUUUAGAUAUAUUUCCAAUC